GUGCAUUGCCCAAGUCGAAGUGAACAUUCAGCUUUGAGAGGGCAGCGAGGUGGGAAGGAGUCAUGGUCUUCAUCCUAGGGGUCAAUUUCCCGGAGCACCGCUUCUUGAAGCGUGCCCUGGAAAAGUUCUUUGGUGUUGGAGCUCACACUCGUGCUCGAAUAAUGUCAAGAUUCUACCUCCACGAUACGAUCCGAGUUGGAGAGCUGUCCCAGAACCAAGUCCUCGAUCUCACAGCCCAUCUCGACUCCAUGAAACUCGAAAACCAUCUGCGGAGACAAAUAAACCAAGAUAUUCAACGACUAAGAGAUACCGGCACGUACAGAGGAAGAAGGCAUGCCAUGAAUUUACCUGUCCGUGGGCAAGGCACAAGGAGUCAGACCAAGAACGCCCGGUGGUUCAACAAGGUGGAAAGACACUAGAGGUCCGGAGCUGCCAUUUCCCCGGUCCUUGUCUCGGGUUUGUAAAUUUACAAGAUCAAUCAAAUUCAUGUUUAAGCAUGUCUCCAAGGCGGCAGUACACCUUCAGGAAGUGUAGGAGCACUGCGCAUGAAUGUGUAUGCCCACAGGAGGAGGACGACCGACACUAUUUCCUUGGGAAGAGAAGGAUUUACGAACUUGUCUUUAUAUGGGCUGCCUACAUUGAGCAGCCAAUUGAUGGAUCUAUGUUCGACCAGUACUAGUACAGUACUCGCGGUCUCGUCAUCCGCGGCUGAUGACUUCCUUUCCACCUUAUAAAUUGGUGGUAACGGUCAUACUGUUACUGUGUACAAGAAGCGUUGGCGGCAAUCCACCGACCAAGACUUCCAGAUUGCUGAUAUAGCCAAGACUGUCAACUUCACUCUUGUAUGUACCGUCAACCGGCGCUGGGAGUGUUGUAAAUAUCACCGCGGUAUCUUCGCUAUUCUGCGAUAUCAAUUCAUUCAAUAUCAGGUGCUGUGCCCGACUUGGCAAAUCGUUAAAGGACAAUGGAAUAGAGGCAGCUGACGGAAACCCAGACGGAGGCCGGGGCCGGGCACUGUCGUCUAUAGUCCGCUGGUAGAUUGAGCGACCGGUAUCUGGCUCAGUUUCGUCCACCGUCUGCCGUCGAGGAUGAGGUUCAUCAGCAAACAUAAUGGACGGCCCGACUCCCUCCUCGCUUGCCAGCCGCGUCAGAGGCACUGGCGAAGAUGUGAAAUUUGGCGACGUGCCACGCUUCGAGCUGGAAACCUGUAGAGUGUUCGUAGACAUGGGCGAGGGAGCGAAGCCGGCCAUCGCAGCCGGACUGCGCCCACGUUGGUCUUCAUUUGUGUCACCCAUGAGUUUCCCAUCUAGAGGCUGCAAUUGAGAUGGCGAAGAUGUUGACUCG